AUGGCGGGGCACCUCGAGAAGCACGCGGCCGUCGGCGCCGUCACGGCCCUGCACUUCUCGCCCGACGGGUCGCUUCUCUACGCCUGCGUGGGCUCGACCGUGUAUUUCUACGACACUGCGACCGGCUGUCAAGUGCACGCGCUCACCGCGAUGCGCAGCGGCGCCAUCCACGGUCUCGACGUCGCUGGCUCCGUCGCUGCGCUCUUUGGCCAAAAGAUGCUUGCGGUCCUGGCGCAUGCGCCGUCGUCGCCGAUGGACGACAUGCGCCGCGUGCAGGUGGUCCAAAAAGAGUUUCCGGAUUGGAUCCUCGACGCGCGCUUGCUGUGCGACGAACCGACGCCCGGUGGCGCGUUGCCGCUCGUGGCCGUUGGCAUGGCCCACAACUUCGUGCACGUGUGGAACCCGACGACAGAUACCAUUGUGCAUAGCGUGCGCUGCUCAGAGCGGUCGAUCUUGUAUGCCAUGGGACUCUAUGGCCGGUCGCUCGACUCGCUCGUCGUCGCCGCCGGUACGGUCUUCCAGCACAUUUUGCUGUGGAACCCCAUGGGCGAUGAUGGACAACCCGUCCAGCGACUGCACCAGCAUGACGGCGUGCUCUUUAAGCUGCAGUGGUCCGACGACGGCCAGCGCCUCGCAUCUGUCUCGGACGAUCGGUCAGUGCAGCUCUGGGCCAAUGGCGGCACCGGCGUUACCAGCCCCGCGACGACGCUCAGCCGUCCGUUCGAGAGCAUCUUUCGUGGGUGGGGCCACACGGCCCGCAUUUGGGAUGUCAAGUUUACAUCGCUCGGCCUCGUCACGGCCAGCGAAGACGCGACGUGCAAGUUGUGGGACCUGUCCACGAACCAAUGCAUUGCGACGCUGCACGGUCACACGGACGUCAACGUCUGGCGGCUCGCAGUGCACCCGUCGCAACCGCACUCGUCGUCGUCGCCGACGCACGUGCUCGCGCACGCCCACGGCGACGACAUUGUCUCGAGCGUGCUUUGGCGCGACAAUAAGCUCUACUCGACGGGCCACGACGGGUACCUCGCUAUCACCGAGCGCGUUGACGGCGUCUUCGUCAUAACGCGCAAGCAGUCGAUCAAGGGUCUCGCGACGCUUAAGCGCGUCUGGUUCGAGGGCGACGACCUCUUGGUGUUUGGCUUCCACGCCAAAAUCGCCCACAUCGUCAACGUCUCGCAGUCGUUCCGUCGGCUCUCGGUCACGACCGGCGGAUGGCGCAGCCCGCACGCGCUCCGCGUCGAGUCGGCCCAUGACCACGCGCUGUGCAUUGGGCAAAAGGACACGAUUCUGCUCCACGCGUCGAGCUCACUGCUCGAGGCAACGCAGGCAACGACGUCGGUGCACGGCCAGAUGCACCACAGCAAGACGGCCUGCUGCGUCGAGUGGGACCCGGUGGCCAAGCUGCUGCUGACGGGCGGCGAAGACAACGCGCUCAAGGUCUACGCCUACGACGCGCAGCGCCAGGUCCUCGACUGCAUCGACUCGGUGAGCAUGCACACGACCAACAUUCGAGCGCUCGCUGUCACCAAGAACUACGUGGUGUCGGCGGGUGGGAAGCAGUCGUUGCACGUCUGGCGCCUGCACGAGAAGCGGCUUCAGCACGUCGGCGAGCACACGCCACGCGAUGCGCCGCAGGACCAGCGCAUCCUUGCUCUUGUUGUAACGCAGCUGGGUGACGGCCGCACGCUUGCGUUUGCAGGGUCCUCGGAAGGCGCGGUGACGGCGCUGCUCAUCGACGCGGCCGGUCACAUCCACGUCGCCGGUGUCUUUGGCACGUCGACGCGAAAGCCGAUCUUGUCCUGCGGCCUCUACCACGUUGAGAACCAGCUCUACUUGGCGACAGGCGCGACCGACGGCAAGGUCGUCGUCUGGCACCUCACCGACGCCGUCGCGACAAGCAACUACAAUGACGUGACGCCGGCGUACGUCUACACGGCCCAUGACAUGGGCGUCAACUGCCUCAGCAUCCUCGCCGACGGACCUUCCUCGUGCUUUCACAUUGUGAGCGGCGGCGACGACCAGUGCAUCGCGCAUGCCACGAUGACGCUUACCUCCAAUGGCGGGCUCGCGACGACAACUCACCACGCUGGCGUCCGCAAUGCAAGUGCGUCGGCGCUCAAGGCGAUUCGGUGCGUCGGCAACGUUGUCGUCGCUGGCGGCUACGACCAGCGCGUGACCGUAUGGCGCUGGAACGACGCUCGCUCGGCCUUGACGUGGGCGGCCGCGGCCUUGUCCGAGACAGCCGACAUUGCAGGUCUCGCCGUCUACGAGGCGCUGGAUGCAUCAUCGUCGGCGCUGCAGAUUGUGGCCGUCGGGAAAGGCCUGCAGGCGUGCACGUUCACCGAGUGA